AUGAGUCAAAUUUAUAUUAAGUUAGAGUCAUAAGAGAACACAAAGCUAAUAUUAAGAACCAUUUCCAAUUUCAAAUUAAUUAAUACAAUAACUUUGGAAGUAGAAGCUAUCUCUUUUUUUAAUACAAUACCACCUGAAUUUUCUGAUUUAUAUCAUAUUAAAGUUCUAGAGAUGAGAUUUAUUUCUAAUUGUUUUUCACUGGAAGAUGAAUACAAAGGAUUAUUAUAAUUUAAAGAGCUGCUAGCUAAAUUUUAUCAACUAGAAGAACUUAUCUUGAUAUUUUAAAACUGCUAAUCAGUAAAAAUUCUAUCUUUAUUUUAGAAAUAAUGCACAUAGAAAAGCGUAAAUGAAAUGAUCAGUUAAAAUGAAUCCUUUUUGUAGAAUCUUAAAAAACUUAGCAUUUAGCAAAUAAACUCUUUCAUGGACAUUUCUAAUGAAGAAAUAGCAGAUAUAAAUUAGAAUGAUUUAAUAUUUGAAAAUAUUAAUGAGAUCAGAAUUAUAGUCUAAUUAUGCUUUUUUGAUUCGGAUCUAAUGCUGAAAUUUCUAUAAAAAAUAUUCAAAAACCAAAAAAUCAUCAAGAUUUAGCUGGACGAAAUAACCAUUUAAUAUAAUUAUUAUUUAAAAUCCUUAACGUAUUAGACAAAACAAAAGGAAGUUGAUAAUAUAGUGAGAGAUGUGAUAAUCUAAUUUCUAAAAACAUACUAAGUAGAAAUUGAUGAAAUUAAUUUUGAAAUACUCUCAGAUUUAGAGUUAGAUGACUCGAUUUAAACUAUUACAGACAUUUAUUAAUAGAAAUUAUAAAGUAUUAGCAUAUUCAUGAAAGAGAUAAAUAUUGUAAGAAGCUUAAAGGAAAUAUUUGAAAACAUUCAAUUUUAAGUUAUUAAGCUCCAUUUAAUGAAUUGUUAUCUAACUGAUGAAGUUAUGUAGUAAUUAAUCCUAGGUUUAUCUUUAUAAAAACUUGCUAAGAUUAUUCUUAUUGAUGUCUCUUUAAAUAUUUGUAACAAGUCAAACACAUUAAGCAUGAAAAACUCUAAGGUGAGGAGCAAAUUAUUUUUUUAAGAAGAUGUUUAUUCUCUAUAAACUACAUAUGAAUUUUUGAUUUAAAUGCAAUCAAAAUAGCUUAAAAAUAUAUGUUUAACAACGCCUUGCUUCGACCUUAAAUUAGAACAAUAAAUUCUCUAUUUUACUUUAAAAUAAGGAAAUAUACAGAAAUAUGAGUUAGAUUUUUUUAAUUUGAUGAUUUCUUCUGAUCGAGAAAGCAUUACAGAACUAAUUUUAAGUUAUGAUUGCUAAAAGGCUAAUGUAAAUAAACUCUUACACCUUUGGAAGAGUUUUUCAACCCUUUAAUAUUUAAAAUCUUUCAGUGGAUUUUUCAGUACCUAAAGUUAGCUGGAUGACUAAUAAACAAAAUAAUUUUUUGGAAUUUUAAAUUAAUUAAAGUAAUUAGAAACGCUUGAGCUUACUGGACCAAAUUUGCUUACUGAAAAGAAAUAGGAAGAAUAUUUAGAAGUUGCUUUAAAAAAUUAAAUUAAUUUGAAAGUGCUAAAUAUAAAACUAAAAUUUUUAUAAAAUGUCAAGAUUUGUAACAUAUGCUAAUCAAUAAGCUAAGGGCUAUAGUAUUAAACAAAUUUAAUAAGCCUGACAAUUGUUGUUUUUUCGGAUAAUAUUAAUUUAUAAGAUGGAGAUUCUCUAUUUAAUUGUUUAAAAUAUUUACUAAAAUUAGAAUACCUAAAAAUUGUCUUUAAAAAUAUCAUGGCUUCUCUCAAUAUAAAGGUAAAGGAGAAUUACAAGUUGCAAGAAAAUCUUUUUUCAAAUCUAAAAUAUUUAAAGUUUUUGAAACAACUAGAAAUAAAUUUUCAACUAAACUCAUCUUUUGAUUGUGAUUAAAUCAUUCUUGACAGCUGUAAGCUACCUUCAAUUUAAAAUUUAAGGCUAAAUCUAGGAGAAUAGCAUUAUACUUAGAACUCAUAUUCAAUUAAAUAGUCUUUACAAAGCAUUUUAACUGGCGAAAAUUAAGACAAUAAAAAUCUGAGUAUUUAUAUUGAUGUGAACAACCUCACUUUUUAUUUUUUGAGAGAAAAUUAUGAAAUUUUAUUAAAUGCAGGUGAUUGCUUGUAUAAAAAUAGUCAACUUUUCAAAAAUAAUUUUGAAUAAGAUAUUUAAUUUUAAAAUAAUGUGCUUUAAAGUUUGAUAUAAUAUGACAAUCUCAAAGAUUAGAUGAAAAUCUUUAAUUUCUAAAUGAUUAAUAUCAAUCUCAAUGAACAAGAUAAAUUUAUCAACUAAUAUUAUGAAUUAUCAAAUUUUUUGUAAAAAUACAAUCAAUUACAAUACGUCAGUUUAAGCUUUAAGAUGAUUAAUCUUGACUUGCUAGUUGCUAUUUUAGAAACCUGUUCUGCUAUGAAAAAUUUAGUUUAAUUUAAGAUAAAUACUUCAUUCCUUUUUGAAUAAAAUAGCAGUUAAACAGAUGAAAACAUUUAAAAAAUAAAAAAUUAUGUGAGCUCAAUUUAUCAAAAUUGCAAAACACUAAAUUAUCUCGAAUUUUAAAAUCAAUCAAAUUUAAUAGAAAACAAUUUUUGCCAGACUACUAAAAUUAAAAUGAAGUUAGAUUUAUUGCAUAGUUUUUUUGAAAUUAAAGUACUUAUCUGCUUCUUACCAUAGUUAAGCUUGAUAGACUCUUUAAAGCUAGAUAUAUACCCAUAAAAUUAAACAUCUAGUAUUUUGUUAGAUUCAGUUAAUUUGAUAAGUCCUUUAAUUAAUUCAAUGUCUAAAUUAGCAUUCUUUCACACCAAAUUAAUAUCUACUUUUAAUGCUAAUUUACAGAUCCCCGCUUCUUUCUUACAAUUUUUAAAAAUAUAAAGCUGCCUAAAUUAAUACAGUUUGUCUUUCCCUCAGGUUGAAUUUAAAUUCUUGUAAGAUUAGCCCAUUAAAUAAGGAUGUAUUCAAAUAUUACUAUAUGACUGUAGUUCAAUUGUAAUAGUUAAUGAAUUCCUGAAAACUAACCAAAACUAUAUCUUUGAAAUAAGCUUAAUUUUGAAAUGUAAAAAGCUUUAAGAAAAAGUGGGAAUCGGUGAAUUUAUUAAAUAGUUAAGCACUAUGAAAAUGCUACAGAAAUUUAUUAUUCAAAGCGAUUCUAAAAUUUUCAGAUAUAAUAGAACUUUUAAUUAUCUUUUUGUGUUUUCUCUCUUUAUAUGUUACAGAUAAUUUUGUAGGUAGAAACUGUUGAACUAAUCUAUCGCAUUUAAAAAGCUCAACUAGUUUUAUAGAUCAGAAAUAUACUAUGACAUGAUAAAGCUUGGGCUAACUCCUCAGCUCCCACAGAUAGACAUUCAAUAUAAUGAUUUUAUAGAGAGCUUUGUUGGUGGAUAAAUAGGUUUCGAGAAUGUUGGAGAAGAAGAUUUUCUUGAUGUAAAUAGGUUUAUAAUUUAUACUGAACCUAUAAGCAUAGAUCAAGGAAAUGACUCAUUUGCAUUUUAGUUUUUAAACGCUUCAGAUAAAAAUGUGCAGCUUGAUGAAUUUUUUAUGUGA